GACAGAUAUAAAAUCACAGGAAGAAGAAACAUCAGAAACCAGGGAACUGCUUCGGUGAGGAGCGUGGAGAAACUCCCUUUGUCGUUUCAGAUUUGCCCUAGCCGUGCAUUACAAAACUGAUUCACCAUUGUUGAUUGAUGAAAAGUAAAAAACUAAAGUGAGCGAUGCCGUUGUUUAUGUCGGAUGAGGAAUACGAGCGGUGCUCGAACGACGCCGUGUUGGUAUCUGAAAAAGCUGAUGAAUUCAUACGCGAUUUAUACAAUCAACUGGAGACUGUGAAAGCGCAGGCUGAUGCUGCAUCCGUUACUGCCGAACAGAGUUGUUCCUUCCUCGAACAGAAGUACCUCUCGCUUAAUUCAGAGUACUCUGAGCUUCAAUCGCAGUACUCUGAGCUUAACUCGUCGUUUGAGAGACGCCUCUCUGAACUCUCUCAAGUACAAGCCGAGAAGCAGCAAGUUCACAUCCAAUCUAUUGGAAAGGAUGGAGAUGUGGACCGGUUAUCCACAGAGGCUUCAGAACUGCGGAAAACAAAGAGGCAGUUGAUGGAAUUGGUGGAGCAGAAAGACUUGGAGAUCAGUGAGAAAAAUUCCACUAUCAAAAGCUAUCUUGAUAAGAUACUUCACUUGACUGAAACUGGUGCGGCUAGGGAAGCGCGGGUCUGUGACUUGGAGACUGAAGUAUCACGCUCUCAGGCUUCUUGUUCGCGGCUUUUGCAGGAGAAGGAGCUUGUUGAGAGGCAUAAUGCAUGGCUGAAUGAUGAGUUAACAGCCAAGGUCAAUGAUCUCAUGAAGCUGCGUAAAGUGCAUUCUGAGCUUGAGGCGGAUAUGUCUGCCAAACUUGCUGAUGUGGAGAAAAAAUUUAAUGAAUGUGAUAGGUGUUUGAAGAGGAAAGAGGAACAGGUGAGGGAAUUGGAGUUAAAGUUCACUUCUCUAGAGCACGAUUUAUUAACUUCCAAGGAUGUAGCAGCUGCGAAAGAGGAGCAAAUGUCUGGGGAGAUUGCAACCUUGAACAAGCUUGUGGAAUUGUACAAGGAGAGUUCUGAGGAGUGGUCUAAAAAGGCAGGAGAACUUGAAGGAGUAAUUAAGGCUUUAGAGAGUCAUGGAAACCAAAUAGAGAAUGACUAUAAAGAGAGGCUUGAAAAAGAAGUAUCUGCAAAGAAAGAACUAGAGGAGGAGGUUGCAUGCUUGAAAAAUAAGCUUGUGAAAAGUGAAGCAGAAUUGAAAAUUAGGGGAGAAGAUACACUGAAACUUCUUCCUUUGAAUUAUUUUACAACGGAAUCAUUGCCAAACUCAGUUGAAACUAGUGACAUGGUUGAGGAUGAUCACAUGGUUGUACCUAGUCUACCUAUUGGUGUUUCAGGAACCGCAUUAGCAGCUUCACUUCUUCGGGAGGGUUGGGGUCUGGCUAAGAUGUACACAAAAUAUCAGGAAGCUGUUGAUGCUCUACGACAUGAACAAUUGGGAAGAAAACAAGCUCAAGCUGUAUUAGAGCGUGUACUAUGUGAAAUAGAGGAGAAAGCUGGAGUUAUCUUGGACGAGCGAGCAGAACAUGAAAGAUUGGAAGAUGCUUACUCUGUGCUAAGUGAAAAAAUGCAGCAUUCCCUCUCUCAGCAAGCUGAUUUAGAGAGGAAUGUUCUGGAAUUAAAGGCUGAUCUGAGAAGUCGUGACCGUGAUUAUGCAGUUGCUCAGGCAGAGAUAGUUGACCUCCAAGAACAGGUGACAGUUCUUUUAAAGGAAUGCCGUGAUAUACAACUCCGUGGUGGAUCAGUGGGACCUAAAAAUGAUGAUUCUGUGGUGUCAGAUUCUGUAUUUAUGUUUGGUGCUGAAUCUAAUGCUGAUAAUGCUGGAAGGCUGUUGAGCUACAAGGACAUAAACAGUCUGGUUGAACAAAAUGUCCAGCUAAGAGGCCUAGUUCGCAGCCUUAGUGACCAGAUUGAGAACAGAGAGUUAGAGUUGAAGGAAAAGUAUGAGAAGGAGCUUCAGAAGCAUAUUGAUGAAGCUUCCUCCAAGGUUAAUGCUGUACUGGAAAGAGCUGACGAACAGGGAAGGAUGAUCGAAUCACUCCAUACAGCUGUGGCAAUGUACAAACGGCUUUAUGAAGAGCAUAGAGUUCAUUCAUCUGAUACUCAAUCUCAAAAAUUGGCGGAGGUUGAAAGACAGGAAGUGAUGCUUUUGCCUGAUACUUCACAUGAAGCUUUAGGGAGAGCACAAGAACGGGCUUUUGAGCGUGUAAAAUGUCUCGAAGAAGAGUCAUCAAGAUUACGGAGCGAGUUAAUCUCUCUUCGAUCCGAGCGUGAGAAGUCAGCUUUGGAAGCACAGUUUGCUCGAGAUAAACUUGACAGAUAUGUGAAAGAUUUUGAGCUCCAGAGAGAGGAGCAUAACGCUGUCCUCAUGAGAAAUGUUGAGUUCUCACAGUUGAUAGUUGACCACCAGAAGAAACUGCGAGAAAGUUAUGAGUCAUUGAAUGCUGCUGAGGAGCUUUCUCGAAAGCUAAAAAUGGAGGUCUCUAUUCUAAAGAACGAAAAGGAUAUGCUGAUAAAUGCCGAGAAGAGAGCUUCUGAUGAAGUGUAUAAUCUGUCACAGAGAGUGCACAGUUUGCAGGCCCAUUUAGAUACAUUGCAGAGUACAGAAAACGUUCGUGAUGAGGCAAGAGCUGCUGAGAGGAAAAGGCAAGAAGAGUAUAUUAAAUGCAUUGAGAAAGAAUGGGCGGAGGCUAAGAAAGAAUUGCAAGAAGAGCGUGAUAAAGUUCGAAACCUUAUGCUUGAGCGAGAAAGUGAUUUUAAGAAUGCAUUGAGACGAGCUGAGGAAAUGGGGAAAGAAUUGGCCAGCACUUCACGUUCCUUGGCUGCUGCCGAAUCUAGAGCUGUUAUUGCUGAGGCACGAUCUACUGAUUUAGAGGAAAAACUGAAAGCUUCACAAGGAAAGAUGUCUGAGAGAGCUGAUGAAGGUGGUCCUUCCUCUGCUACUGAGCUUUCUGGGGACAUGCACUCUGCUGAAGAAGUUAAAACACUCAAAGAGGAGAUGCAGGCUAACAAAAAUCACAUGCUGCAAUAUAAAAGCAUAGCUCAGGCGAAUGAAGAAGCAUUGAAGCAGUUGGAAUUGGCCUAUGAGGACCUCAAAGUGGAAGCUGAUAGAGUGAAAAAAUCAAUGGAAGAGGAAGCUUUAUCGCUUAGGAAACACAUUACUGAUCUUGAGAAUGAAUGUACUGUGAAGUCAAUUGAAGCAGCUUCUGCAACUGCAGGGAAAGAAGAAGCUGUUGCUGCUACUUUAGCUGAAAUAUCCAGUCUGAAAGAAGAUAACUCUGCUAAGAUGUCACAGAUUUCUAAUUUGGAGUCUCAAAUAACUGCUUUGAAAGAUGAUUUGGACAAAGAGCAUCAAAGAUGGCGUGCCGCUCAAGUUAAUUAUGAGAGACAGGUAAUCUUGCAGUCAGAAACAAUUCAAGAACUGACUAGAACAUCUCAAGCUUUGGCUGCCUUACAAGAAGAAUCAUCUGAGCUCCGUAAAAUCUCAGAUAUUCUAAAAACUGAAAAUAAUGAAUUGAAGGCCAAGUGGGGGGCAGAGAUGUCGGCGCUAGAAGUAUCAAAAACUGAAGCCGAGAAGAAGUACACUGAGGCUAAUGAACAGAACAAGAUAUUACUUGAUCGGCUUGAGGGUUUGCACAUUAAACUGGCUGAGAAGGACCGUGAAUCUUUAGGUACAUCUUCUGGAAGCACGACGGCCGAGAGUGAUGAUGGGUUGAUGAACGUAGUGAAUUAUCUAAGACGGUCUAAGGAUAUUGCAGAAACAGAAAUUUCUUUGCUGAGACAGGAAAAACUUCGGUUGCAAUCGCAACUCGAGAACGCUCAGAGGAGGGCAGAUAUAGCAGAAGCAUCACUUAAUUCUGAGCGAGAGAAUUCAAGAGCUCAGGUUUUAAAUGAAGAGGAGUUUAAAGCACUGCAGCUUCAGGUUAGAGAACUGAACUUACUUCGUGAAAGUAACUUGCAAUUGAGAGAGGAGAACAAGCACAACUUUGAAGAAUGCCAGAAACUUCGCGAAGCUGCUCAGAAGAUGAAGAUUGAAGUAGAGGGUCUGCAGAAGCUCCUCAAUGAAAGACAAGAAAAUGUGGAGGCUUGUAGGAAAGAGAUUGAAAUGCAGAGGCUGGAUAAGGAGCAGCUCGAGAGAAGGGUUAAUGAGUUGGUUGAGAGGUGUAAGAGUUUUGAUCUGGAAGAAUAUGCUAGUCUGAAAGAAGCUGCUCAACAGAUGCAAGUGAAUUUGAGAGAAAAGGAUGCAGAACUGGAGAAGAUUAAGAAAGUCAUAUCUGAGCAGCAGAAUCUGGUUUCUAGCUUAGAACAAGACCUCACAAGGAGCAGAACAGAAUUGAGUCAGAGGGAAUUGAGAAUCAACGAGGUUUUGCAAGCUGAGGCCUCUCUGAAAUCCGAAGUUGAUAAACUCAGAAGGUUAAUUGCUCAACUGAAGAAGAGGGCAGAGAACUUAUCAAAGGAAAAGGACAACUUAUCAAAGGAAAAGGACAACUUAUCAAAGGAAAAGGACAACAUAUCAAAGGAAAAGGAUGAUUUGGCUAGAGAGAAUCAAGCUCUCUCCAAACAAUUGGAAGAUGCUAAACUGGGGAAAAGAACUGCUGAUGCUGCAGAUGAACAGGCCUUGAAAGACAAAGAAAAGGAGAAAGACACCAGAAUCCAGGGGCUUGAGAAGAUGGCCUUUCAGCUCAGAGAAGAGUUGAAACAAGGGAAAUUAAAGCGUUUCAAGACUCAAAAGACAAUAAGUGACUCCUAUGAAACUGUGACUCAGCAACGGUCCAAGCUAUUAGAUGAACUGGACAAGCAUAAGCAGGCUUUGAAGACGCUUACCGAUGAAGUUGAGAAGGUAAAGCAAGCCAAAAGCAGUCAAACAGAGGGCACAUCAGUGGAUCAACUCCUUUCCGGGACUCACUUAGAGGACUUCACUGCUGCAUAUUUUCAGGCUGUAGAUGACUUUGAAAGGGUUGCACGUGGUGAGCUCGGGGUUACAGGUGCCACCGACAUUUCUGCUCCAGAUGCUUCUGUUUCUGGCUCAGUUGUACCUGGUCCAGCAGCUGCGCCUUCGCCACCAGCUAGCUUGUUGACUUCCACUCCUGUGGUGGGAAAAGUUGUUUUAUCAAAGAUGACCUCUGAAACUCGUAAAACAGGAAGGAGGUUGGUUCGACCUCGCAUUACAAAGCCAGAAGAACCUUCAGCUGAUGUAGAGAUGCAAGAUACGGAUGUAUCUAGCAGCAGUGGGAAGCACAUAACAACACCUCAAAAUGCAGAAAAUCUAGAUAAUGCAACAUUAGCAACUCAACCACCAAUUCGCAAGCGCCCUUCUGCAGCGUCUACCUCAGAGUUACAAGAAGAGUCUUCUGCCACGGGUGAACCCUGCUUAGAUGUGGCUCAACCUGUGCUUAAGAAGUCCAAAGGUCUAGAGGCACCUCAAGAAGGUGGUGAAGAAAAAUCUGUUGGUAAUGUAGAAAUUUCAGAAUCUCUGCCUACUACAGAGGAACAUGAUGCUGGAGAUGAAACCCAAGGUUUCAAAGAGGAAGCCAGUGACACUGAGAAGGAUGAGACUAUGCUUUCUGGCGAGCAGGUUGAAGAGCCGGCAGUUAUUGCAACAAAUCAGGCUGAGUCACAGGUUGAUAGAACAGAUGGUGCAGAUGAUACUUUGGGAAGGCCUAGUGAAGUGUCAACUCCAGAUAAUGAAUCAAAGUUUCAGGUGGAACAAGAGAGAGAGCAGCUAGCAGCUGACGAAAGGGAAGAGGGAGAGCUAAUUGCUGAUCCUGAAGAUGUUGGAAAUCUCGAGGGAGGUAGCAAUUUAUUAAUGGGAAGCCCAGAAAAUUUAGAACCUCAGGCUGAAAGCUUAGCUGGUACUGAUGAAGACGCCUUGCUUACUCCAACAGACACUGGGGAGAUUGAAUCUUCCCAGCUCCCAGAUGAUGAUAAGAAUGAUGAAGUCGAUACAACAGAAGAGCUAUCUGAAAGCUCUGAUAAGUUGAAUGAUGGCGGUGACCAGGUUGCUACUGAAACUGAUCAGGCUGUGGAUGCUGUUGUUACUGGUGAGAAACCAUCAAGCAGUUCAGUUGACAGUAGCAUUUCAAAAGAAGGGGGGGCGGGUGACACUGCUGCAGCUGAAACAGAAGAAGGGAAACAGGUUUCACCUGUCAAUAGGAGCUCAAGAACCAUAAACUUGAAUGAGAGGGCUAGAGAAAGGGCUUCCCUUAGGCAGGCUGGUAUGCUUUCCUCUACGAUGCCAAGAGGCCGUGGCCGAGCUCCUCGGGGUCGUGGUGGGCGCAAUGUGCGUGGUGGUCGCGGUCAAACCCCUGGUUCACAGGGUUAAUUAUUUUGCAUUAUCUUUUAUGACAAUUAUGUGGGAGCUCUGGUUCCUCUACGCAGCCUUUCAUUCUUCUGUUGCUUCCUGGUAUCACUUAAUUCAUCUUGGAGACUCUUCACUCUAGCCCUUAAUCUUUUGUCACUACAUUCAUCUUCCAAUUUAAUGUGCAUAGGGUAAAAAAUGAGCCGGAAGACCAUUGUCCAAUGAAAUCGGUUGUGAAGAUUUCAGUAGCUUGUGACCAACCAUUUAAGUCAUGACUAGUUUCUUCGGGCUGCUUCUGUUUUUUCCCUCUUCUGAUUGAGAACUUAACUUGAGAUUGAUGUUCUUACUUUUUUGAUGGAUAAGCAACCUUGAUGAUGUUCUUGCUGUUUUGUUCAUCUGCUGUUUGGGGAAGAUCUUGUCUAUGUUUACUGAACUGUCUGGAUGUCUUAAACAAGUUUGGUGGCCAUCAAUAGCGGCCUCUGCUGUGAUCAGGAUGCUUCUUGCCCCUCUCUGUAAUUAGUCUUUAACUUCCUCUUGGCUAAAGUUGAUGGCUUUAUUGCUCUUUGUUUAAGUUUUUAUAUUCUGUGCUAUUUUCUGCUACAUGAAGCAAAUGUGACAUUUUUUGUCGCGUUUUGGAUGAAAGACUGUUGAAUUU